AGGUAUAGAGAAGGUUUUCAUUGCUUACUCAUUUCAACUUAAAUUGAGAAGCUAUUAUUUCUAGAGCUUCAUUCUCUAAAGUAACUAGAAAUUGUGAGAUCUUUUGAAACUUUCAUUGUAUAGAAGUUCUCGUGUAUUUAGAGACUUCAAGUAUUUUAGUAAACACCCUGAUCGUCUCGGAAAAUAGAGACGCUCCAACUUUUUUGAUCAAAUUUACAUUAAAGGCCCAUUCAGCUAGAAAAAGGUCGUGGUAAUUCAUAAGUUGUGUAUAAAAUCUGUUUACAUAUAAUAACUAAGAAAAAGGUACAAGUAAAAUACAUUAAGUCAAUGAAGUUAUCUACGUUAGUUAUCUACACCAUUAAGAGAUUUGAACACGAGCAAAGAAGAGAUGUAGCGGAACGUGUUCUCUCAGAAGGAGAGACUGCAGCUGAGAUACGAGAAAUACCUCAACAAUGGAGUGAUGAAAUGUUAGAAAAUUUAUUGGAACGGGAAUGUGAACGGAGUAAUCAUUUAUCUUUCAGUUUUAUUACUCCGAAACCCCAAAAUAUAUUUACUAAAAUGGAUUUUGAAAUGGCCGAUCCUAGUUUAUCGAAGGUGCGCAUCACUGUUAUAUGCAAAGUGGUGAAAGAUCUUCCUUGGUUGGAAUUUUGCAACACCCUGAAACAACUUUUGAAGAAAGACAGAGACGAUUAUCUGAUGUUUAGAGAGCAUCACUGUAAUAACAUGUGUUGUUUCAUUCAAUAGAGAAGUUGUACUCCAAUUAAUAUGACAGGAAUUUCAUUUAUAAACAGAA